AUGGGGUCGUCUACUGGAGCCGCCGGCCGAGGUGAGUCCAAAUCACCCAAGCAAUCCAACAAGACAUCCCCACCGCGACUAGAUGGUCAUCCCGAAUCGAAGCAUGAGCCUCCCCUGAAACCAUCCGAGUCGACGACGACCAAUGCCGAACCUGCCAAACCACUCGCGCCUCCUCCCCGUCCCGCGCAACAGCAGUCUACGAACAGCCCUUCCGACUACUUCUCCCAGAACCCCAUCGGUGGUUCGCUCAGCCUGGAGCCGAAUCCCUUUGAGCAAUCUUUCGGCGGUGCCCCCGAGACUCCUGGCGGUACCAAACUCCCGCCCGUCGCCGCUCUAGCAUCCCCAUCAUCCAUCUUGCCACCCGGCUCAACACCUUUCCCCUGGGGCGGUAGCAACUCGUUGCGAUCCGGCCCAUUGAGUCCGGCAAUGCUGUCGGGCCCUACGACCUCCGAUUAUUUCGGCGACCACAUUCGCGGAGGUUUCCCGACACCAAACGAGAGUUCCCUUAGAACAGGAUUGACGCCUGGUGGUAGCGGGUCUAUGUUCCCUGCCCCGAGUCCUAACUCGACUCUCUUUGCACAGCUUGCCGGCUCUGCUGCCACGCCUGGAACCAUUGACUUUCACCGAACCGCCAUCAGUGCCGCUGCCGCCAAGGCCCAAGCUCAAGCGCAGGCCCAACAACACGCAGCACAGCAACAGCAACAACAACAACAACAACAACAGCCACAACCGCCAUCGAUUACGUCACAACCAGCCUCCGAUAUCCCUAAUGGCAUUUCGCCUCUGAAGCCAGAGACGAAGCCACCAACUGGACCUUUUGACCCGCAUGAUAACGACGCGGCAAAUGGUCUUUUCAUGUUAGCACAGGGACGAAACGCAUCCCAGCCACCAAGCCAAUCGUAUAACGUAGUGUCGGCGCCUCCCCCACCUCCACCAAUUCACCCGCACACAGCGCCUGCUCCUCCUGUUGAGCCAGUCAACACUUCACCACAGAUGAAUGGGAACGCAUCUAUUGCAGGAAGCUCAGCACGUGGUGUUAGUGAAGUUAGCAUCGGAUCAGACGACAGUGAACUUGCCAGACCCAAUACCCGUGGCAAAGGGAAGCGUAAUUCCACAGGCGCGCCGGCGACCGGUUCUCGUCGUAAGGCUGACGACGCCCUCGGCAAGGCUCCAGCCAGCAAAAAGACCAAGACGAACGGAUCGGUAUCUUCACUCAACGGCAUGGAUUACUCAGGUUCGGAAGAUGAGGACAAGCCUGGAAAGGAUGAUGGAACGGGUCCCAAGUCCAAGAUGACGGAAGAAGAAAAGCGCAAGAAUUUCUUGGAGCGAAACAGGGUUGCCGCUUUGAAAUGUCGUCAGCGAAAGAAGCAGUGGCUCGCUAACCUUCAGCAGAAGGUGGAGAUGUUCAGUCAAGAGAAUGACGCCCUUACUGCAACAAUAACACAGCUACGAGAAGAAGUGGUCAAUCUCAAGACACUUUUGCUCGCACACAAGGACUGUCCAGUGACAGCACAGCAAGGUCUCCAUCAUGGUGCGUACAUGCAGCAAGCCAUUGAGCCAUUCAGCCACCAAAUGAACCCUUACGGUAUGGGAGCUGGCAUACCUAAUCAGCCCGUCGGCAUGCCGCCCAAUGUUGCCCCUCGCCGAUUCUCAUAG